GAACACAACCUUGGAUUGGUACGCUUCCGUAUUUAACAAAAAAAAUAAUAAUAAUCACGAUUACACAUUUAUAAAAAUCGGUUAGAGAUUAUACUGAUUUUUAUUCUACGCUACAAAGUGAAGAACACAAUGCUGUUUACUUAAGGUCUGUUUGUAAAUAAAUUCGUGAGACCGAUCCAACCGGUUACAAGUUCAGUUGUCCGUCACCGGUAAGGCAAGAAACCAGGAUUACUUUUUAUGGCAGUGUCAAGAGCUACACAUUUCACCCCAGCAGUGAGAUUUCUUGGAUCCUGCUACAAACAGAGACUCUUGACCCCACACCUGUCUGUGGGAUGGAGGGCUAUCUCUGGAGGAGAGUACAGACGGCCAGGCCAGACACAGGACAACACCCCCAUAUGGAAGACGUUUGACUUCAAUAAAGGUGUGGAGGGGAUACGAAAGCAUUUUACUCUGCUGAAGAAUGAGUUUCUGGGCCGCUGGACAGGGCCAGAGGGAAAGCCACUGAUUGAACAUAUCCUGGAACAGACCAGGGUGGUCUGGGAGUUCAGAGGGCCAGAGAGCCUGGAGCAGUGGACAGUGUCUUCAGACCAAGAGAUCGGCGGGAGGAGUGAGGCCUAUCUGAAGCUAGGCAGGAACAACGCUACAUGUCUGAUGUAUGGGACCCUCUGUUCUGCUCCCCCCAGGGACGGAGAGACACGAUAUAGUGGAUACUGCACUCUACGUUCCAAACCGCCCAUGGGUUCGUUUGACAGUAAGAAGCAUCACGAUUGGUCCAACUUCAACACCCUGCACCUUCGUAUCCGUGGUGACGGGCGACCAUGGAUGAUUAACGUCGGUGCGGAGACCUACUUCUCACACCAGAAGGACGACAUGUACAGUUACUUCCUGUACACACGGGGAGGACCUUACUGGCAAGAUGUCAAGAUUCCAUUCUCAAAAUUCUUCCUCUCUAGUCGCGGGAGGGUACAAGAUGAUCAACAUCCUCUCUGGUUGGACAAAGUUAACACCGUAGGAAUAACGUUGGGUGAUAAGGCAGACGGUCCAUUUCAACUGGAGAUUGAUUUUGUCGCAGUGUGCAACGACCUUGCACACACAGAGGAGUUUGCGUAUGAGGUAUACAAGAGGAACCCUGAAGUCUGAGGACAACAAAAGCAUCACCCACCAAGUCCGCCCCCCCCCCCAUAAAAAAAAUCUGCUUCAGGAAAUGCCAAAUUUACUACAUGUAUUUACAAUUCUGGAAAAAGUACAACUUAUACGCACUGUAAAACACGUGAAUUACAGAUGACCCAAAUAUUUAACAUGUUAAUGUGAACAAUAAAGUACAUAACAUUGUAA